UUCCAUUUGAGUGCGUUGUAAUUUCAAUCCAGUUUCCCUUCUUCUAUCCACACAUUUGCUUUUAACAAUGUCUGACGACCACUUACAUGAGGACAACAUUGCCUACUCAAGCACUCGUUUGUAUAUCAGAAACGUCGUUCCUGGAACUACUGUGCAAGAAUUGGAGGAAAACUUUCAAACCAUUGGUGAGUUGACUGACGUUAAAGUCAUGGAAGGUUAUGCCUUUGUUGAAUACAAAAACCCGGAACAUGCUGCUCAAGCUCACGACGAGAUUGCCGGCGUUGAGAUCAAUGGUUCAGUUAUUGGUAUAGAUUUUGCUAAGGAAAGACCAGCACCACCAAUUGGAACUUACAGAAUGGUUAUAAGAAACAUUCCUGAAUCCUUCCAAUGGCAACAAGUCAAAGACUUGGUCCGGGAUGUUGCAGGCGUUGUUGCCAACUUUGUCAAUGUCGACCACGAUGAUCCUGUUGCCAGCAUGGAGUUCAAUUCCAAAGACGAUUUAGAAAAAGCCAUUCAAUCUUGCAAUGGUCAUGAGUAUGAGGACACAACCUUAGAAGCUGAAGAAGAUACCUCAGAGUUUGUCCCUCCUCCUCCAAGAAGAUUCAGAGGCAGAGGUGGAUUUCAUCCCAGAGGUUUUGGUGGCCGUGGUGGUGGCUUCAGAGGUGGUUUCAGAGGUCGUGGAGGCUUCAGAGGAAGAGAUGAUUUCAGAGGUCGUGGUGGCUUCAGAGGAGGUCGUGGUGAUUUCAGAGGUGGCCGUGGUGGUUUCAGAGAAAGAGGCGGUGGCUUCAGAGGUGGUCGUGGAGGCUACAGAAAUGACGAAUCUGGAUACAGAUCAAGAAAUUAUGAU